UAAUUACAGAAGAAGGGGUGGAUGCCAGGUCUGGGGGUGACACCCAGAAGUAAGAGGUCUGAUAAGUGUAGUGGACAGGUAAGAACAAUUCUAAGGUUCUGGAAGAGCUCUUUACACUUCGGCUUAAAUUAAGGAUAUAAAGAGUUCUCCAUGCCAAAAAGGGGAGGAAAGGCAUUCCAGGCCAAUGGAAGCACAUGCAGAGAAGCUCAGGAGAUACGGUAUCGUCAGGAAACUGCUAGUAGUUUGAGCAUUGCCAGAGAUGAGAGGUGAGAGAGGUCAGAAGGGACAAGAUCAUGAAAGAUCUUGGGAGGUAGGAGAUGGAGAAGCUACUGGAAAUGGCAGUAUUGGGAUUGGGAUUAUCAGCAAAUGCAGAAUGAAUUGGCAGACUUGAAGGCUGAAGCCAGAAUCAUGAGCUCUUGGGCUGCCUGAAAUGUCCAGACCAAAGGUACUGAGAGGUGAGGGAGAGUGGCCAGGCUAGAGGGGACUAGGGGGAUUUGAGGGCUGACUGAACAGGGAACAAGAAAAGGACAAUCAAAGAUGAUGCUCAGGUUGGUAACUAGGGUGACCUAGAGAUGGAGGUGCCUUUCACAGGGAUUGGGAACCUACCAGGAGGAACAGGUUGAGUGAGAACAGGACAUGGAGGCCAGUGCAGGCUUAGUUGGUUGAGACUGAGAUCCUUGUAGGCCAUCCAAGUGGAAAUACUUUAGGAGCAACUGUAUGUAGAAAGUUGGAGCUAAUUUCAAGUCAUAAAUAUUGGUAUGGGUGUCCUCAGCAUACAGAAGACCACAGAAACAUGAGAGUAGAAGAGAUUGUUUGGAAAAAAGAGGAGGAGAAGAAGAAGAAAAGGGAGAAGGAAGAAGAAGGAGAAAGCCCAGGGCUCUGCCAGUCUGAGACCUCAAGUGAUGACGAAAAUGCCAGCAAGGGCCCCACCUUCGAUCCUGAACUGGUCAUCGCCCACUGCUUCAAGCAGUUCAAGCAGGAGGACUUCCACCUGCCUCAGAGCCGCCGGCGGGUCAUCAUCUUGCCUCAAAAAGAGGAUCCAAUGCCCAUUAAUCUUAUGGCCCAACCCCAGACUCCCCCACAGCCGAUCUCCAGCUUCCAAGCCCUGGGAGCUGGGGACAUCCAAGGCCAGCCAGACGACGUGAGGACCUGGCUGAGCCGGAGGCUGAAGCUUCGCCAGGACCUGGAGUCAUUUGGCAGCAUAGAGAGGUGGCUUCAGAACAAGCCCAGCCUCACACCUUCAGAGGCCAAGGUCUUGCACAUGAUCCAGAAGGAGAAGGAGGACCAGUUGUUAGACAACCUGACUACUAUCAGAGCCACCAAGAAGAGCCCCCGGCCCUCCCACCGACUGGUGCCCCAGCUCCGGUUGCCCAAGCCCUCUGCCUUAUCAGCCUUGUACUCCUACCUGCACAGCCGCAAGAUCAAGAUCCUGGAGAUAUUUAGCAAAGUGGACGGGGGCGAGCACCAGAAGAUCUCUAGGGAGGAGUUCAUUGUGGCUCUGAAGGCGGUUGGAGUCCCUCUGAGAAACCAGGAGGUAGAAGAUGUUGUGAUCUAUCUCAGCUCUCUGGGAAAGGACAACAGCAUCACCACAGAUAUCCUAGUCAAUACCUACAAGCAGUGGUGUCUGGCUCAUCAGAAAAGCACCCUGGCAACUGCAAGGGAGCAUUAUAGACCUGCCAAGAUCAGAGUUUCCCCAUCGCGUCUGUCCAAGAGGCAGGUGAAUUUAGCCCCACAACCGUGCAAGAUGGACCUACUGACCGUGCCCGUGGUUGACACCCAGAUGGAGGCGCGGCCCCUGACUCUGGAGGAGAUGGAGGACAUUGGCAAGCGGUACCGUGAGAGGAGGCGGAAGCACAAGCUCAAGAUCCCCUCCAUCCAGUACACGGAGCGGUGCCGCCUGGUGCGCAGCGGGAAUAAGCACUUUGAUGAGCACUGCCUCCCAUCCACCAUCCAUGGGGAGAUGAAGGAGCUCAUCAACAAGUCCCGCAGGGACAACUUUCUGGUCUACCUGCAGUGCUGCAAGCUCUGUGAGUCCUACGGCCUCCCACUGACAGAGGACAUCCUUGUGAAAGCCCUGCUGUACCCAGGGGACAAGAUCAUUUUCCAGAAGGACCAGGUACGCCCAAUCCGGCAGCCGGGAGGCUACUACUCAGAUAAGAAGAUCUUCAGUCCAAAUCUGGCUCUGCUCAAGUUCCAGGGCUUCAGUGAUGUUGUGGCUAAGAAGACUGACAAGAAGACACCAAAGAAAAUCAAGAAGAUACACUUUAAGGAGUUUGAGGAGUUCACCAGGAAGCUGCAGGCGAAGAGGUCCAGGGGUUCACUGCGAACUCACCCCAAUUUCUUCUGGCCGGGUCACCUCCUGGACAAGCUGCAGCUCUAUCUGCCCACUGUGGCCAUGGACAGGAGCCUGGCACUCUUCAGUUGUGUCCAACCCCAGCCCCAUGCCUACUCAGUCAUCUACCACCCCAACCACUGGUGGCCUAUUGGGAACAUGAACUACAUGACCUGUGCCUAUUACGAUGCCUCCAAGGUCUACUACAUCGACUAGAGUGGCCCAGGUGUUGUCCGACCCAGCCAUCCUGGGGCUGUGGCCAGUGCAGCUAGCAGCCCAGAGCCACAGACACAGCGGGAAGUGUAAAGAGCCAGAUAAAAGAAAUCAUUUCAGUGCGAUGGCCUGGAGCCAGCUCUCUCUUGAGCAAAAAUGUCCAGUGUCUCAGAGGGCAGGUGUAUCUAGGGAAAGAUAAGCAGUUUCUGAGUUUUUCCCUGUCUUGACCUCUGCCCUUUUGAAAUAAACCAGAUUGGAGUUUUUUUUUUUUUCAUGUCA